AUGCUAGCUUUAACCCUACACAUGGCCUAUCCCAACCCCGUCGAACCCCCCUGGUUCAAUUUCGGCUUUUGCACCUGUUACGACGAAUAUCAGGAAAGGGCUCUCGGGGGCCUGUUUGGAAAGCUCCUCAGCGGGGACAAUCUAUUCGACGACGUCCCGACCUCCAUUCUCCGGAUGCAAAAUAUACAAACAGCGACAUUCACGGAGUUCAGGAAAGCCUACGAAUCAGGAACAAUGAUCCAACUGAUGGACUCAAAGGGCUUCAAACAAUAUCGGCUCCAAUUCCCCUAUCUGGAAGAGUUCUUCACAAGCCCACCCUGUGGGCCGCACCUAUCUGUCUGGUCGCUGAAGCAGUUCCUGGCUAUUUAUAACCCGGCUGAAUUCCCGCCCGAUAAUACGAUUAGCGCAGACUACGGAUUUAUGAACUGUAAGACAUUCACGGAAACGUGCACCCUGAUGGAGCUUUACAAGAGACUUCUGCGAAAAGCUAGUCUGCUGGAUCUCCAUGAGGCGUGCGUUGCUGGGAAGUUAUUUGAGUUUGCGGAGUGUUUUCACAAGAUGGAUCAGGCGCAUAGGUGA